AUGAGUUGGAACGGAUUCAAGAAGGCAGUCAGCCGUGCCGGCACCUCUGUGAUGAUGAAGGCCGGUCAAAUUGAGCAGACUGUGGACCGGGAGUACGAAAUGCAGGAGCGUCGCUUCCGUACAAUGGAGCGGGCGACCAACAACCUCCAGAAGGAAGCGAAAGGAUACUUGGACUCUUUACGUGCGAUGACUUCGGCUCAGGUAAAGAUCGCCGAAGUGAUUGAUGUGUUCUAUGGCGACUCUGGCGCCUCCGAUGAUGUUUCCACGAGGUACCUCACCGCGGUUAGAGAGCUUGACUCCGAGACAGUAAAGGAGCUUGAUGAGCCCUACCGCGAAUGUGUUCUUGAGCCAAUCACUCGUUUUACGUCCUAUUUUGUCGACGUGAAUGAAGCAAUCAAGAAGCGCUCCCACAAGCUCAUGGAUUAUGAUAAGCUCAGAGCAAAGACCAAGAAGCUCAUCGAUAAGCCAAGUGACGACAGCGGAAAGCUUCCACUGGCUGAGCGUGAAGAGAAUCAGGCCAGAGAGAUCUAUACACAUCUGAACGACCAACUCACAGCUGAGCUUCCUCAGCUCAUUGACUUUCGCGUGCCUUACCUCGACCCGUCGUUCGAAGCUCUUGUCAAAAUCCAGUUGCGCUUCUGUCAAGAAGCUUAUACGCGGUUGGCUGAAGUUCAGCAGUAUUUGGAGCCACAAGUCCGCGACGACUACGCUUCUGGUCAGCUCGAUACCGACGUCGAAGCUGCUCUGGUCAAGAUGCGCGAAUUGACCAUCGCUGGUUUAGCCAAGGCUUAA